GAUGGCAAGAGGGUCGGUCGACGGUUGAUUCCCAUCGAUCGGAGGAAGAAGAUGGGUGCGGGUGUGGAGAGAUCCAACAACAAAAGAACCAUGGCGGCCGAUCCGAUCAGUCGAGUCGAUCCCUUGGCGAAGAAGAAGAUGGUGGUGGAUCUGGGGAGGGACAGCGACGAGGACUUGCCUAAUCCGUCACAAUGGGCGGGUGUUAAUCCCGAUUCCUUCAGCGAUGACUACUUGGCCAUGAUGGAAAAGGCCAGACUCGACGAAGAAUCAGCUCCCCGCCCUGUGAAAAUUGCUACGCUCGACUACUACAAACCUCCCACCAGGUUUCACACCGUUGGGCUUUUCCCCGUUUGUCGAUCCGGAAGCAAGGCGGUACUCCACGCCGCUAAAUUUCUUCUAGGGGUUUCAUCCUCUCUCGAUGGUAGGCCGCUAAGACGGUGCUCUGGCCUCUGGGUCGAUUGGGAUGUGUAGAAGAAAACUGGCCUUGUUUUGACAACUGCGCGGCUGAUUCGCACAAAGGAUGCUCCUUACAGUGUCUGGUCAGGGGGUGAAGAGUA